GAGGAGACUGUCUUCCUUUCAUCUGGAACAGUUCCUGUGAGUUGACACCUCUUAGGAAACAGAUUAAACACUUCCACAACACUCAUCACAUUUACAUAACAAAUUCUUCCACAACAAACAAAAACUGAGUGCAGACAAUAACAUGAACAACAACAAGGCAAAGGGCUGCUGAUUGGUCCCAACUUUGGAAACCCCAUGGAUAAAAGAGCCCAACUGCAAGGAGUCCUCAUAUCCUGCAAACUCACUCACCUGUGAACAGGAUCCCACCCUCCACAGCUCACACCAUGGCCCGCUCCAGCUGCUCCUCUUGUUGCAAGCCUACCUGCUGCAGAACCACCUGCUGCAAGACCACCUGCUGGAAACCAGCCUGUGUCACCAGCUGCUGCAGCACAUCCUGCUGUCCACCCAGCUGCUGUGAGCCUUGCUGCUGCCCUAGUUGCUGCAUCAUUCCCUGCUGCCAGCCCUGCUGCCCUCCUACUUGCUCUCAAACCACCUGCUGUAGGACCACCUGCUCCAAAAAGUCCCAUGUGACCUGCUGCUGCAGCACACCCUGCUGCCAGCCCUCCUGCUCUUGCUGGGAUAUCAUCUGCUGCAAGACCACCUGCUGCAAGCCAACCUGUGUGGUCAGCUACUGUAGCACACCCUCAUGUAAGCCCAGCUGCUGUGAGCCUUGCUGCUGCCCCAGUUGCUGCAUCAUUCCCUGCUGCCAGCCCUGCUGCCCUCUUACUUGCUCUAGAACCACCUGCUGCAAGGCCACCUGCUCCAAAAAGUCCCAUGUGACCCACUGCUGCAGCACACCCUCCUGUAAGCCCAGCUGCUGUGAGCCUUGCUGCUGCCCCAGUUGCUGCAUCAUCCCCUGCUGCCAGCCCUGCUGCCCUCUUACUUGCUCUAGAACCACCUGCUGCAAGACCACCUGCUCCAAAAAGUCCCAUGUGACCCGCUGCUGCAGCACACCCUGCUGCCAGCCCUGCUGCUGUAUGUGCAGCUACUGCCAGCCUUGCUGCCCUUGA